AUGCUGCUGCAUGUUUUUUCUUGUCAUCGUUCGGACUGCAAGCGGUCGAAUUGCCCGCAGCUAAAGAAGCAGAUUCUGCACGCAUUGACGUGCUGCGUGGAUAAUUGCGAGACGUGCGAAGGCGUGAAGCGACUGCUGGAAAUCCACUCGGAGAGCUGCUUAAAGAAGGACUGUAAAGUGCCUUCUCUUUUGCCGUCGGUGCGAAAUCAAUGA